AUGAGUGCCGAACCGACUAAACUCGAGGUCCCUGAUGUGCCGGACCGCCCCGAAUCCACCACCUCGACCCUCCGAGGAGAAGACCUUCAGGAGAAGAAGGAGGGUGAGGAGCUUGAGGACAUCACCGAUGGCACUGUCGACGGUGGGGAUGAGCUCAGUGAAGAUGAGUACCCAUCGGGUAUCAAGAUGUUCUUCAUCGUCCUCGCCCUAGUGCUCAGUGUCUUCCUCUUCUCUCUCGAUUUGACUAUCGUUGCCACCGCUAUCCCCAAGAUCACUGAAGAGUUCAAGGGUCUUGACAAGGUCGGCUGGUACGGCGCAUCCUUCUUCAUGACUGUCGGCGCCUUUCAAUCAACUUGGGGUAAAAUCUACAAGUACUUCCCUCUCAAGACGUCCUUCAUCGUCGCCAUCCUCAUCUUCGAGCUCGGCUCCGUCAUCUGCGGUGCUGCCCCCAACGCUGAGGCCCUGAUCACUGGUCGUGCCAUCGCUGGUGUUGGCGCCGCUGGUCUGGGUGCCGGUGCCUACACCAUCAUCGCCUUCUCUGCCCCUCCCAAGAAGCGACCUGCCUUUACCGGUAUCAUCGGUGCCGCAUAUGGUGUUGCCAGUGUCAUCGGUCCUCUCCUGGGUGGUGCUUUCACCGAUCACGUCUCUUGGCGAUGGUGCUUCUACAUCAACCUUCCCAUCGGAGGUGUCUCUGCCGGUAUCAUCUUCCUCUUCUUCCAGACUCCCCGCACUGCCAUCCCCGAGAAGGCUCCUCUCCUUGAGAAGAUCCGACAGAUGGACCCCAUCGGCAUCAUCCUCAUGAUGGGCGCCACCAUCUCCUACAUCCUCGCUGUCCAGUACGGUGGCCAGGCCCACGCCUGGGACUCCUCCGUUGUCAUCGGUCUCCUUGUCGGCUUCGUCCUCAUCAUGGCCACCUGGGCCUUUGCUUGCUGGUACCAGGGUGAGCGAUCCAUGAUCUCUGGUCACCUCAUCAAGGACCGCACCGUCGCCGUCAUGAGCGCCUUUGCCUUUGUCUUUGCCGGCGCCUUCUUCCUCGCCAUCUACUACAUUCCCAUCUACUUCCAGUCCGUUCACGAUGCUAGCCCCACUAGCAGUGGUGUCCGCAACCUACCCUUCAUCAUCGCUGUCACCUUUGCUACCAUCGGGAGCGGCGCUCUGGUCUCUGCCACUGGCUACUACCAGCCCCUCCUGAUCGGUGGUUCCGCCGUUGCGACCAUUGGUGCUGGUCUCCUGUACCUCCUCAACGUCGACACCUCUACUGGCAAGUGGAUUGGUUACCAGAUUGUUGCUGGUGCUGGCUGGGGCGCUGCCUUCCAGAUCCCCAUGAUUGCUGUCCAGGGCAGUGUCAAGCCCAAGGACCUUGCCUCUGCCACCGGUAUCCUCCUGUUCUUCCAGGGUCUUGGAGGUGCAUUCCUCGUCUCAGCUGGCCAGGCCGCCUUUGUCAACCAGAUGAUCUCGUACGUGGUCGAGCACGCUCCUCACAUCAGCAAGGAGACUCUCAUCCUUACCGGAGCCACUGCCAUCCGUGACUCUUUCUCCGCCGAGGAGCAGCCCAUCGUCAUUGACGGAUACAUGCACGGCCUCAAGGUCACCUUUGCCAUGGCCAUUGCCGCCACCGGCCUCACCACCAUCAUUGCUCUCGCUACCCGGUGGAAGAAGCUCAACCCUGAGAACAUCCAGGGUGGCAUGGCUUAA